CGCUGAGAUAGCAAUCUUGUAAGAAGAUUCUGUGAUCUUUUGGAGUCAAUACAAACAUUUACGAAACAUUCGUCACUUCCAAUAGGAUAUUAAUUAUCAAGUAACAUAACUCAGACAGAAAUAUCAAGGAAAGAGAACCACAAUGCCUACUCUGAAUUUGCCAAGAUGGAGACGUUACCUAACAGUGGAACCAGUCGUACUUUUUUAUACAUUUGGUUUGUUCAUGAGUCUUCCCGUCAUGACACAGUACAUAUACUUCAGAGUCAGUGAAUUUAAGGGCUUUCCGUACAACAUAUCGGCAACUACUGAAAAGGGAUGUGUCGAAGAUUCUAAUGGAAACGGUACGUCUUUGGCGGAGUUGGAGAAAGAGGUGCAAACCCUGGCGGCUAGAAUUGACAUGGGAAAUAUCCUCUUCCAGUCUCUACCGUCCAUUCUUAUGGUCCUUCUUUUGGGUCCUUGGACGGACACCGGUGGAAGACGUCCCGCUCUGUUAGCCCCUCCUCUAGGGAGUGCACUAGAGGCCAUUACUGUUCUGCUUAUAAUGUAUUUUGAUUGGCCAGUGUUUGUGUUGUUUGUCGGCUCGGCCAUAAAUGGCUUCUCGGGAUUCUUUACAAUCAUGAAUAUGGCUGCUUUCGCUUAUGUUUCUGACAUCACAACCGAAGAAGGACUCGCUAUCCACAUUGCCGUUGUCCAGCUCGUGGUAUUCAUUGGCGGAGUCGUGAGCCAGUUGACCAGCGGUGCAUGGUUGAAUAGACUCGGUUUCAUCCCUCCUUAUUGGUUCAUUUUCGCCUGUCACGUGGCCGGGUUGCUAUGGGCGGCGUUCAUGGUACCGGAAUCAAAACGCGAAAGCCAGAAAAACAAGAUCCGCUUCUUCAGCUUAGACAGCUUUAAAGCAGUAUGGAGUGUGUACAAGAAACCAAGAAACGGCGGAAGAAAAAAUCUCCUUAUGCUUCUCAUCUCGGAUGGGAUAAUCACUCUAGGGGUUUUGGGUAUCAGUGGAGUAGUGUCGCUAUUUGUCCUGCGCACCCCACUCUGCUGGGGACCAGCUACGCUUGGGGUUUUUAUGGCUUUCCGAUUCUUCAUGCAGGGUUUUGGUGGAAUCGUGGGAAUCGGAAUUCUGAAAAGGUUCAUGAGCGAGGUGAAUGUCAUGAGAGUUGGCAUGGUGUCCCAAUGCCUUUCGCUGGUUUUCUUUGCCUUUAGUAAUCGCACAUGGAUGGUUUUUUUAGUUCCCCUUAUUGGUAUUUUUGGCGGUGCUGUUGUUCCGUUGUACAAAGGGAUGAUGUCACAGAUGGUUGAACCUGAUGAACGAGGUGCCAUGUUUUCCUCGGUGGCCACAGUGGAUACAUUCUGUAACUUCUUGGGCGCGUUUAUCUUUAAUCCGAUGUACAUCCAAUCCUCUAAGUUUGGUUUUCGAGGGUUGCCAUUUCUUGUGGCUGCUGUACUGAUAAUCAUUCCGAUGAUCUUGACCAAGUUUUUAAAGAAUCCGAUGUCGUUUAGAAAGAUGACAGAAACCUUAACUGAGCCCGAAGCGGAUGAAACAGAAGUAAAACUCGAAGACAUACCUCUUGACGAAGAUGAACCUCAAACGACCGUACUUUAGAUAUCAAUGCAUUUCCCAAAUAAAAAAAAAUUGCUUCAAAGACAGAUCUUAAAAUACUUUCCUUCUUCGUGGAAGGACUAGGCCCGACAAUUCUAAGACGUCACUCAUGACGUCACAGCAAACGCAAUCCAAAGUAUUCCUGAUUGGUUGGUUGUUACUUUCGUAGAGGAAGUCAUGACCAAUCAACAGCCGAUUGGAUGACGGCAUGACUAAGUCAUCAGACGACUCAUCCUCGCAAAAAAAAGAAAACUAUCAACAGCAAGCCAUACACUAAGGUAACCCUUUAAACCCUCGGAGUGACAAAAAAGGAAAUGAUCACCAACUUAAGAGGCUCUUGAUUAUUAAAACAAAUUAUCCUCAUAUAUGGAAAAUAGUAUGGAUAAUAUGCAUACUGAUGUUAAUUUUCAUCUCUCUUUUAUCCAAUAAAGUUAAACUGUACUCACAAUUUCAAAAAGAGGUUAUUUCAAGUCAAACAAACACACCAUUGUUUUAAUUGGCAAAACUCACUGUUUAAUAUCAUAACAAAGGCUACAAAUUCUAUAUCCCUCUCUACAAAGCCAGUCAUAUAGCUCAGCUAAAACA